AAAUACAAAUAAUACUAUAUAUAUAUAUAUAUAUGUUUAGUUACAAAUUUGAACUAAUUAAUAAUAAUAAUUGAAUUGUAUCAAUAAAUGAAACAUAAUAAAAUAUGAAUAUUUAACAUUUGGUGUAACACUAUUCACUCUACUGUAUCAUUUUUGGUGUCCCAUUGAUUAAUCAUAUCAAAUUUGGUGUUUUGGUGUUCUAUCGGAGUUGGCCUAAGCUAAACGUACUUAAUCAUGUCUCAUCAUUAUUGUUGAUGUGAGAUUCAUAAACUCGUGUUGCCACAAAAUUGGAAAUGCAUUAAUUAAUAUAUAAAUUAAUCUUUUAAAUACAUUUUUUUAAAAAAAAUCAAUCUUUUAUAAGGUUUUCUAUAGAUAUAUUAAAUUGGUGAAGUUUUAUCCUGGAACUCAAUUGAUAAAGAUAUGAUUACCUCGUUAAUACGUGUAUACAUGAUAUUUUGAAGAAAAAUUCCUCCCAAAAAGUGAAUAUAUAGGAAUGAUAAUAAAUCCUGCAAAAAGAUGUCAAACAAUUAUAAAGGUCGACCUAAUUAUUUGACAUCUUUUGUAACUUUAUUUGCAAUUAUCAAUAUACAUAAUGGUACGUACUAGAUAGUAGUUCCACCUAUUCCGAAAGAAUCUUUUGGGUGAAUGACAAAAACCCAACACGAAUAACACUUUACAAACCGAAGCUCAAAAAUUGUCUCUCAUAAUCCAAACAUUAGUAUACUUUUCAAGAACAUAAAACCAAAAUAGAAUUUUAAAAUAAUUAAAAUAUUACUAUAAUGGAAUAUCAAAAAGGUCUUCGUACAUAAAUCUCCCCCUCUGUCUCCCCUAUUUAAAACCCAAUUCUUCAACACCAAACCCUCAAGCUGCUUCUCAUUCUUCAAUAUUUUUUCCAUUUUUUGGAUUUUUUUUUUUGCUUUCUCAAAGCAUUAAAAAUGUCAAAGACCAAAUCCAUAGCGUCAAUGGAGUUUCAAUCGCCGGUGGUAACCACGGUAGACUGCCAGAACCAAGUCCAAUCAUGGCGUCUCCUCCGUUCAAUCAUUAAGCUUCUCAUCCCAACUUGCAACUCCACAUUAGUCCAAGAACUAGAAAAAGAAAACCCUAACUUGAGAAGCAAGAAUUUCUACAACGACAUCAAAUCACGCACUUCCUCUUUCCGUUCCUCUUCUUCCCUUUCUUCAUCCACGGUCACAGGAACCAUCUUCGGAUACCGUAAGGGGAAAAUCAAUUUCUGUAUCCAAACACCACGAAAAUCGACAAACCCCGAGCUUCUUCUCGAGCUAGCCGUUCCAACAACGGUCUUAGCUCGAGAAAUGAGAGGAGGAGAGUUACGUAUAGUCUUGGAAAGGAACAACCAAGAAGAAGAGGGUGACUCUGUUUCGUCGAGGCCGUUUUGGAACAUGUAUUGUAAUGGAAAGAGAGUUGGGUACGCAAGAAAACGCAGUCCGUCAAAGGAUGACAUGGCGGCGUUAACCGCUUUGAGUAAGGUUGUUGUCGGAGCUGGACUUGUGACUGGGAAAGAACUUGGCCGGUUCGAUGAUGAGUUGAUGUAUUUGAGAGCUAGUUUCAGAAGAGUUUGUGGUUCGAAGGAAUCUGAAUCUUUCCAUCUGAUUGAUCCAGCUGGGAAUAUUGGACAAGAACUCAGUAUCUUUUUCGUCCCAUCAUCGGUUUGAUUCAGUUAUGCCGGUGAUGAUGAUCGUACAGUACAUAACGGUUCUGUUUUUUCUUUAAAAGUCUCUUUCCUUUUUUUGUUCUCUGGUCGAGAGAAAUGAACUUGUUUUUGAGUCGAGCUUAAAGUUUUUGUGCUUUAGUUCUGGCUUUGUAUGUAAUCAACAUACCACAGUUCGAAUUCUCAUAUUGUUUACCUUGUUGCAAGAUUAUUUCUUUAUUACAUAAAUAUUGGUCGUUACCUCAAAAAUAAAUAAUUAAAGACAAAUGAGAAUACGUCGGCAAAAAGAUUGAUACAUCAUGACAGAUUAUUUUAUUAUAAACUAAAUUUCUAUAAGAACAUAUGGCAUUUGUUAAAAUUCUUAGGAACGAUAAAUACUUAAAACUAUAAGAAAUUCUCAACUAUUUUUUUUUUGCAAAAUCUUAUUGAAUUCUAGUUCUGACUUUAUUGAACAAGUUUUAUACCAACUCUUUUGUUGAUAUAAGAUAUUUCUGAUAAAAACAUAUUAUACUAUUUAAUAUUAUUUCAUUUUGAUGAAAGUUAUGGAAGUCCAAAAGAAAAAUCGGAUCGCAUAGUUUAGGGACCAAAAACGUAACUAAAGAACAAACUAAUUGCUUAGAGUAUGAGACACAUGUUGACUCUCAUCGGAAUCAAAUAACGUCUAUACUUUUCCACGAGCGAAGCUGUUAGGAGAUGCGACUAAUGAAUGGAACCUUACCAGAGAUUGAUUAAACCAUAGCCAUUAAGACCAACAUAAUUAGUUAUUAGUAAUCAAUUUCAUCGUUCUAACUCCAAGAUCCCUUAGAAUCUGCAUCAAGCAACAUUUCCAAUCUCUGAUUUUCAAUCUCUGCAGAUAUAAGGAACUUAAGAACAUAUUAGUUAGUGCAACUGCACAAAAGA